GCCGCUGCUACUCGAGCCUGCGCUUCGCUGUGCUGUUGCUGCUACUCGUACCGUGUAUCUCGUUCACCGAUACACACAGCAAUCAAGCAUACCACACCUCGUUAAUCCUCUAUUCUAUUGCCGCACCCUAUUGCACCGUUCUACUAUCGACAAACUGCCAUCCUCAAGUCAUCUCCAGCCUUUCAGACCGCCUCUCGUUUCGUCCUAAAUGCUUCAGCCGCCCUGUCAACAAACCAACUGCUCCUCCGUCUCGUCGGGAGCGCGAUGACUACGAUCCUCCCAUCCUCUCACCAUCUGAUUUCGAUCCGUGUUUGUUGAUGAUUGGCCCUGAAGUGCACACAAUCACAGCCUCAUCAACAAAUAUUCCACCCAUCGGCGUCGCAGGUCGACGUCUACCCCAGACUUCGCCGUUUCGACUUGUUUGUUUCAAGCAACCGCCCACGACACAGCCUGAUCUCGAGCCACACUUGGACUCUUGAUAUUGGACCGUACUGCGUCCCUUGUCCAAGUUCCUUCACUUCCGGUGCUUGUUGCCACGGAUUUGCCGCGUCGUGGAUUUCCGUCGCGCUUCCUGCAAGUGAAGAAACAGCAUUGGGAAUUCUGGAUGAAGAGAGAAAUCCCUUGUUCUUGUGUCCAUCCCAUCGGGUCCUGUCGCUCCUAAAUCCCUUUCUAUCAUCUAAUACGCGCGGACCUCUCGACUUAUCCGGAGCGAAAAGUUCAGCCCAAGGGUCUGUGGUUGAGGCCACGACUCAGGCGGAAGAAGGAUGUCCAUGGACACAAUGCAAACCACGGGCCAAUACAGAGAACAUGUACCAACAUCGGCAACAUAUUCUCCGUCCGGAAAUAUUCACUACGAAGAAGAAGUCGUGGAUCCUGAGAGAUAUUAUGCCAAUCAAUCGUACUAUCCUUCGAGGCAUACAGAAGAUGCUCUCAGAUACACUUCUCUACAGGAACAAAUUCCUGUUCCUGCCUCUUAUCACCCGCAAACCACGAACCUGCCUUACCACAUUCGCAACCAAUCUGCAGCUCCUGAUCAGUACGACGGCCCACCGAUACCACCACCAAGAACUUCCUCACAGCACCAGAGUUCAGGGACUCAGUCCGUCCCAGUACGACACGCAAGAAACAACAAUCCUGACGUUCAUUCUAGUCGGGUUCAGAAUCGUGUCGGAGAUUACAAUGAGGAGCCUUUAGACAGACCGCGGGACGAUACAGCAACUGCGGCUGCAUCUGCUGCACGUAACCGAAGAAAAGGUCCUACUAGUCCCGAGGGUCCACAGCGAGCCACAAGCACAAGAGAGAGAAGUCAUCACGCCGCGCCUCCGCACACUCGUUCUGAAGCCCUCAUGCAAUCCUCGAACCCCCAGGCACCGUUGGUGCGCGAAUACAGCGAAGUGAUCCACAGAGUCGUCGUCUCCGACCCCCAAGAGGACGAGGAGAGGGCCCAGGAGAGAGUUGCUGAAGCACAGCCAGUGCCCAUUGGCGCUGAUAAUACGAACACGGCUGCGGAUGGCGAAGACCUGCUACCCGCACCUGGCCCGGCUCGCCGACAAGACUAUUCCAAGUCUCGUAGGAAAGAAAUCCAGUUUGGUGAUUACGUGCUCGGCCAGACACUGGGCGAAGGCGAGUUCGGCAAGGUCAAGUUAGGCUGGAAGAAAGACGGAAGCUCUCAGGUGGCCAUCAAACUCAUUAGGAGAGAGAGUGUUGCGAGCAACCCCAGUCGGCUUCCGAAAAUCUACAGAGAAAUCACGAUUCUACGGGACCUCGCCCAUCCAAACAUAGUGCGGCUACACGAGAUGGUGGAAACCGAACGACACAUCGGCAUCAUACUGGAGUAUGCUUCGGGCGGAGAGUUAUUUGACUACAUUCUGAAUCAUCGAUAUCUCAAGGACGCUGCAGCAAGGAGGUUGUUUGCCCAGCUUGUUUCUGGAGUUGGCUAUCUCCACAAGAAAGGUAUCGUCCAUCGUGAUUUGAAGCUGGAAAAUCUGCUACUCGACCAAAACCGCAAUAUCAUCAUCACCGAUUUUGGCUUUGCCAACACUUUCGACCCUACAGACGAGUUAUCCGACGAGAUCGUGUACAAUCUCACUAAUAAGGAUUUUGUGAGAAAGUUCAAACUUGACCGCUUAGACCAACGUGGAAUGCGGCGAGGAGACUUGAUGCAGACCAGCUGUGGAAGCCCUUGCUACGCAGCUCCCGAGCUGGUGGUGAGCGAUUCAUUGUACACUGGAAAGAAGGUCGACGUAUGGAGUUGUGGCGUCAUCUUGUACGCUAUGUUGGCAGGAUAUCUUCCUUUCGACGAUGAUCCUUCAAACCCAGAAGGCGAUAACAUCAACCUUCUGUACAAGUACAUUACGACGACUCCUCUGACCUUCCCCGAAUAUGUAACACCCCAUGCGCGAGACCUGCUGCGUCGGAUUUUGGUCCCCGAUCCACGAAAGCGUGCCGAUCUGUUCGAAGUGGCCCGUCACAGCUGGCUCAGCGAGUAUCAUCAUGUGGUCUCUCACAUCACCAGUAGUACCACCAACGUGGCGGACAUUGCCCAUACUACUGUGCCUUCUGAAGAAGAACCACCACCGAUGCACCGGAGCGCUUCCGUCCGUGAAACACCUUCCAAGGCCAGCGGUACAGCUUCCGGCGCUAUUGCUCGUGCCCAAGAAGGGCUUUUGCCAGAGGUCGAGGAGAGCUCUACAGGAUCGCGUCGGGACAGAUCUACCCGUCACACCUUGCAACCCGAGUAUGUGCCGCCUCAGACACACACAGCGCGCCAUCAGCCAUCAGAGUCUACUUCAGCAGCAGCUUUUCGCGGUGGCGUAGACGACCCUCACCACACACCAAACGCGAGCUUGUCACAAUCUUUGUCAAAACCUCUACCGCAAGAACCUGCGAUGGACGUUGGGCAGAGAAAGCCCCAAAGUGCGGAAAAGAUGCCUCCUCCCGUCAGGCCUGGUCGUGACAUUCCGAGAUCUGUGUCCGAUUCUACUACAGCAUUCGGCCAGUCAGCGCCAGCAAGUAGCCAUCAAUACGCGACUCGACCAAGCACGCAAGGCUCGAUGACAUCUGCUGGAGUACCUAGAUCCGAUGUUCGCUUGCCCUCUCGAGGAUCUUAUGGUCAACCGGUUGCACCAACAGUUGCAGCCACCAACGUUCAAGGUCGGGUCACUCAGCCAACCAAGCCUAGCCGAGGCUACAAUAUUUCAGGACCCAUCCCUCAAUCCACCACAUAUCCCUCCAUCGGCCAGCCGACAACUACGCCUAUGCCACCACAAGGUGUACAGCAGGUGCAGAAGAACCACCACAGACGUUCAAGUACUCUGAGUGGGCUGGGAGAGCGACUCUUUGGCCGGUCAAAUUCGGUCAUUAAGAAGGACGUUGAUCGGCAAAAGAAUGGAAGAAAGUAUCCUCCGACGAGCAUGAAAGAAUACCCUGCCGAGACACAACCACGCAUGUCCACGGACUCGAAGCGGUCAUUCUCGUUUGGCCUGGGCAAGAAGCGAAGCACGGAUUUAGAGAAUCAGGGACAAAUAGAAAAACCGGUACGGCGAUUUUCACUUCUUAGUACAAUGUCUUUCAAAGGUCUGAUGGGUGGCUCUAAGGACGAGACCUCAUCAAAGCCCGGAACUCCCCAAACGGCCCAAGGGGAACGAUUUGCGACGUCGACUUCCAGCCGACCCACGACCGGUCAGCAGUAUGCAAGCGGGGCUGUAGGUACCACUGAUGGUCAGUAUGACAGCUCGAGAGGAACGCAAUACAACAACUAUUCCCGACCACCUCAACAACGAGGAGCCUCGAGCCAAGCAUCCACGGACGUCUAUGGCGGAACUGGAGUUUACUCUCCGUAUGACCAGGGACGCGUGCCUCAUCAACGCCAGCAGAGUGAGCCAAUGGCCCGAUUGAUGGCACAACAGGCUGAACCCGUCGAAAGUCGACCCUCAUUGCAACAAGGACGACAACGCGGCGUUCUCGUCAAGAACAACCGCAAAUUCACUGAUGCAUACGCACACGACCACGGACCAAAUCAUCACGGAGGUCGUUCGGGUGCAGUCAAGAAAGUGCAAGACUUUUUCCGUCGUCGCCGGGGCACGGAGGAAUACCGAUGACGAAGUAGACACUGCAGCGCAGAUUGGAAUUUUGGAAGCACGCAACAUUUCAUAUCCCUGCGUGACCCAGGUUGGAGUGGUUAGUGGUUUUCUUGUAAUGAAUAAUUGAUUUGUUUAGCAGGCAUUGAAGGGUUGUGCAGGGAUGGGGGGUUGUUGCGUGAACAGGCACUUUUCAGCCAUUUUCUCGCCGUCUGGUCUUGGUCUGAACGAGACCUGGUAGACUGCUCUUUCGGUGGGUUUGUCGGAGGAACCACCGAGUCUCGAUGGCGUUGAUACAACUUUUAUUACUGGAGUAUCGAGACUUGUUUGAGUGAGAAAGCUUUGCGAAGACAGCGUGGGAUACCCCUACAUAGCAUCAAUUGAAAUGAAAUAACGCUGCCCACACAAAAGGGCAAUGUAUGUGUUGUGAA